AUGAGCUCCGUUUGCCCCACCUUUGACAACGUUGUAAUUGAUCAGGCUACGGUGGUUGGAUAUCCCAAUGUUAGCCUCAGCUGUCCAGCUUCAACUUUCUGCCUCUUCGGCUCGACUAACGGAAUCGGCUACGUGCACCUUUGCGUGACGUCCAGGCCUGCGGUUGCUACGACACCCGCGCCAAGCACGAUUUGCCCGAGCCUGGAAAAAUACGUGGUCGAAACGGCGUAUACUGGACCCGCUUUCAACGGUAUCUGCCCGGUCGCGCAGUACUGCAGAAGUACCGACGGACGUGACAUGUGCUUCCAGAUGGGAGACGUUUGUCCCACCGAAUACAAGACCAACCUCGAUGCGGCAGCUGUUGUUGGACAUCCUGGUGGCGACUUGACCUGUCCAUCCGACAGUCACUGCGUCUUCGGAUCGACUGAUGGAGUUGGAUACGUGCAUUAUUGUAUGAAUGGAAGCUACGCAGCCGGCUUCCAAACUGGGCUUUGCCCACCGCUUGAGGCUGGGGUCGAUAAGGAGGGAAAUGCGGGAGCAGCCAAUGCCCGAAACUGCGAUGACUAUUUUUGCCGUAACGUCGAUGGCAAGGACCUGUGCUUUGACUCAUCUGCGAUCUGCUCCAGCAGCUACGAGGGUGUCAUCCCCCAGUCUGAUGUCGUGGAAAUUCCCGACUCCGACCUGGCGUGCCCCAACGGCUCUAGCUGCGUGUUCGGCACCACCGACGGCACCGGAUACAUCUACUACUGCGUCAAGGCU